AUGCCGUUCGACACAGUCGAUGAGCAGUAUGUGAGACAGCGGAAGAUCUUGGUGUGCGAACGCUGCCGUCGUCCCAUGGACGGAGUGCAGAACCGAGCUGCGUACCAAACGGGGGGCAGUAUCGCCGGGUCCCUGGGCGGCUCCAUGGGCGGCUCGAUGUUGGCCGGUGCAGUGUUAGGUCCUGUGGGCGCCCUGGCGGGCGCCAUUGGCGGUGCCAUCGCGGGCUCUCGUGCCGGGGCUGCGGCCAGCGAAGGCAUUUGCGACGCGGUGGACUCCAGCAGCAGCCAGGUGUGUGAGGCCUGCAAGGAGGCGGCGGCGACGCGUCGGCUCAGGCUACCAGAACUGGGGGGCGGACGCCUGGGUGCGCCCGGCGAAGCGCAGCCGAUCCCCGCCACAUCGGCGCCGGCGGAGGGCCCCAGCGUGGGCGAGCGGAUCGGUGAGACGGCGGCGUCGGCGGGGAAGUAUGUGGGAGAAGCGGCGUCCAGCGUGGGCGAGAGUUUGAGCGGAAUGGGGAGCUGGGUCAGGAAGUCAGUGACCUCACUUGGGGGAAGUGAAGAGAAGAAGGAACCCAAGAAGGAGGCCUUCAAGGCUUUUGAAGGACUUCGAGGGUUCUGGUGGAGCCGGCCGGCCCCUGGUCGCCGACCCCGUCGAUCGUUCUGCUGCCCGCGCGGCCGCGGCGGAAGCCGCCAUGCGGCGGGCGGGGCAGGCACCCGCGACUGCGACGCCGGCCCCGGCUGUGUCUGCCGAAGCACAGAUGGCAGAGGAUGA